ACGUGAAUUGUGCAGCCAUUUUUCCCAUUGUAAGUUAACAACAGUCUACGUUCUUGUGUAUUCACCCGAUUCCUCCAUGAUUCACCAUUAACAUCACGAGUUCUGGUUCUGCCCGCCCGUGUCGUUCAUGUACAUGAUCAAUCCGUCAAUACACACAAUUAACCAGACCUGUGAUCCUGCAACAAAAUGGCCGUCAAAACCAUUUUCGUUUAUUCUGUCGCUGUGGUGGUUUUUACUCAAUGCGUGUUCAUUGUAUACGGGCAGCAGGAAGCUGGACCGGCACCCUGUACUUUGCCUGCUUUUUAUUUUGACGAUUAUCAAUGCAAAGAUGGGAAUAAAUGCUACAAUCAUUAUCAAAUGUGCGACGGUUAUAAUGAUUGCAAUGACCAAACCGAUGAAUUGAACUGUGAUAGUUGUGGCGGUUACGACUUGUUCUACUGCCCGUCAUCUCGUCAAUGCGUGUCAAAUAAUGAGGUUUGCGAUGGCAAUCUGGAUUGCCCCUAUGGUGACGACGAAGACCUGCCUGAAUGUUUCCCCACUAUUUGGAACUAUUGGAGAGGAGGUCAGAUAGCAGGAAUGGUCAUCGGUUACGUCAUCUUUCUUGUCAUUGUCAUCGUCAUCGUCGUGGCAGUGAACAAGAAUUGUAAGAAAUAAUCAUAGACACUUUUGCCUUAGCGACUUCUGUUUUAUAGUACUUUUUAUAAAAUGCAGUUUUUAAAACAAUAUAGCGCUUUAUCACGACUCUGAGGUCACCUCGUUGUCAUCUAUGCCAGGUGUACCAAACUAUGCUUGAAAUUAACAUGACCUAUUUAUACAGAACCAUGUAUAUAAAAUUUAUAUUUUUCUGUAAAGUAGAUGUCUUUUGUACAGUUCAACCGUAUAGUAAAAUAUCUUUUUCUACAUCAGAUUCGAAUAAGCGACCCCUUUACACAGCACCAAAUAUAGCGGUUUUAUCUAUAUUAAUUUGUAUUUUUGUAUUAUGUUAAUUAUAUAUGGGGGUGAAGUGUCAACCAGAAAAAGCUGUACUGUUAGAUAAAGAACCAUUUUCCAUUCUGAACCUGUUCUUUUUCCACAUCAGACCCC